UCCUCCAUGUACUGUAGAUAGCAGCCCAGGUCUGGAAUUGAAGCAGUGCUGACAGAAGUAGUAAACACUUUGCCUUCAAAUUAUUUUAAGAUACAAUAUUUUUGUUUCUUACACAUUAAGCUGUUGUAAUAAAAAGCAAUCAGAAUUUAAAAAAAAAUAAUUUAAUUUACUUUUGCGAAUGCAGUAUCUUCCACAGACUUGUUGGGGGAACACGCCAAUAGUAGAAAUUUAAAUAAACGUGUUAUAUUUGGUAAAAAGAUUGAGUUUAAUCUUAAUAAUAAUCAGCAAAGGUAUCAUUGUAAGCUAGAGACUACUUCAAGAAAAUACAUUUGAAAAGGUCACUAAUAUAACAAAUAAACUUGCUGCCCAUAAGUGAGCAACCAUCUUACAAUCUUGACAAAUGACCUUCCUCAAUAAAGUUUUUAAAGGGUUUUGGGCUUAACUAAAUAAUUAUUUUAAAAAGCAAAUCUAAAUUCACUGCACAAAGUAUUCCCCAAAUCACGUGAAAAUAAAAGGGCUCGCAGGAAUAUUAGUCCAUUCAUUUCUGUCUAGGACAAUUUAUCACAAUGACGAGCUUUUCACAAUGAUCAGAACAAUUGAUUUUUAGCAAACACUGCCUACAAUCCUUCCUAUCAAAAUGUUUGGACCUUAACUAUUACUUCUGUGUGGCCAUCUGUUGGAAACAAACCAGAGAUCCUUGAGUUCUCUGAUAGCGCACUGUAAGAAUUUAUCCGAGCCCCUGGGUGAGGAAAGGGGAAGUUAUCUGUGGGGAAAUGAUCAAUUAUGUAAUUCUCUUCAGAUAACUUUAAAAAUUCCUCCACACGUACGAUUUCUUUCGUAUUUCAAGACAAAUUAAAAGUGUUUUGGACGUCGCCCUAGAUAUGGGCGUUUCCUAAACAAAUUUAAACAAUUUAAUAAACAUGUAACAUCUGACGGUUUUUAAAAUUAUAUUACGCUUUCCAGAGAAGACUUGACACCUUGUUGUCAUUACAAUUACAAAAGACGGUGCCUAAAUACCGGCGUCAUUCCAAAUUAACACCGGGGACACACACUCUUGAUCCAAUACACAAUUUUGUAGUUACUACUUCUCAUUCACCUGAUGUGUAUUCACUAGUUAAUCUUGGGAGUCCGUCGUAUCCCUCUUUUAAUAAGUUUAUAUCAUUUUUACGAUGGUAUAAAAGCUCACACUUUUCAUGUUUUCAGGAAUUCCACAACGAUUCCUUUUGUUGUGAUGUAUUUUCAAAUCAUGCGUCUUUGAACUGCUAAAAAUGUGUUAACAGGUGAAAGAAACGGCUUCGUUUUUCUUCCAUUAACUCCCCUAAUUAAAACAUCUAAAGAGCUAAGACUUUCUUAGACCUAUUAGACUGCAUCUUUUCGUGAUAUUUCAUUGCACCUUCCAAUGUGUAGAUUAAUGCAACCUGUUAUUUACUGAUAUAAUUUUCUACAGACUUGGGUAAAGAAUAACUCCAGUAUCCUACUAUGGUUGAGCCCCGGGAUUGGCUGUAUGACACAAGAAGAUUUUAAUCCCGCCCAUUUUGAUUUUUUUCUGAGUCAAGCUGUGCUGGGGGGAAAGUAUCCCACCAGAACUGUCUGUGCCUGAACCCCUCUUUACAUUAUGCAUGUUCACCAGAGAUUACGUGAGAGCUUUUCGAUAAAACGCAAAUCACCGAUACAAAAGCUAUCACUUACGAGUCGGAGAUAAAACAAGCUGGAUGAAGCACUCUCUUACACUGUGAAGGUUGGGACAAGAGCUCUAACCGAAGCCCAUCUGACAGAGGGGUAGAAGGAAUACUGUAAUAUAAGGGUUGCUUUCUAAAUAAGGCGGAUAAUCAUGCAUCUUGUGUUUUGGGCACUGGGAUUUUUAACACUACUCCCAAACUUCUUGAAUGUAGCAGCAACAACUACAGGGAAACCCAUCUUAAAUGCAAGACAAGCAAAACUGCUGGAGCAGCUGAGUGUGUUUGAGAUAGUGACUCCUGAAAGGGUGAAUGAAUCUGGCGAGGCAGUGCCCACAAGCAUGCACUUCAAAAGGAGAAAACGGAGCAUUGAUAGCUCAGGCAACCUCAUUGAUCCCUGGGCCACGUCUGAAUCGCAAAUUCAUUACAGAAUAUCGGCUUUUGGACAGCAUUUUCACCUUAACCUCACACCCGACUCUGGAUUUGUUGCACCCUCCUACACGGUCACGUUACUGGGAGUACUCAGAAAUAACCGUACGGAUUUUUCAUCAGAUGGGGAAGAAGAAGAAGAUACCGAUUACAAGCACUGUUUCUAUAAAGGGCACGUAAACGCAAAACUAGAACACGCUGCAAUCAUUAGCCUCUGUUCAGGAUUGCUUGGCACUUUUAGGUCUCCUGAAGGGGAAUAUUUUGUAGAACCUCUCCACAGCUACAAUGGGAAAUACUAUGAAGAAGAACACAACAAACCUCAUCUUGUCUACAGAAAGGAUGCUCCUGUGAAAAAAACAGCAGGAGACAUAAAUACGUGUGAUGUUUCAGGACACAAACAUAGACAUAGAAGAUUUAAAGGAAAACUGAAGAAAGGACAUCCAGGCAGUAUGUUUGAAGAUUUGGAAACUUUACGAGGAAGGAUACCUACAGGUGACCUGGUCACAGGCGAGAAGAAAUGGAAAGGCAACCAUACCUCUGACUCAGGAGCCCACAGGAGAUCAAAACGUUUUCUCUCAUACCCUCGAUUUGUUGAAGUCAUGGUGGUGGCAGACAACAAGAUGGUUGACCAUCACGGGAAUAACCUUCAGCACUACAUUCUGACAUUAAUGUCUAUUGUAUCUUCUAUUUAUAAAGAUCCGAGCAUUGGAAAUCUUAUUAAUGUUGUCGUUGUGAAGUUAGUUAUUAUAACAAAUGAACUGGAUGGUCCUAUAAUCUCAUUUAAUGCACAGACCACUUUAAAGAACUUCUGCAUCUGGCAGCAAACUCAGAAUCAGCCUGACGAAAACCACCUUUCUCAUCAUGACACUGCUAUCCUCAUAACAAGACAGGACAUUUGCAGGGCACGUGAUAAAUGUGAUACAUUGGGGUUAGCAGAAUUAGGCACUGUGUGUGACCCUUACAGGAGUUGUUCCAUCAGCGAAGAUAAUGGAUUAAGCACAGCGUUUACAAUAGCACAUGAACUCGGUCAUGUGUUUAACAUGCCUCAUGAUGACAGUAACAAAUGUAAAGAAGAUGGUGUGAAAAACCAACAGCAUGUAAUGGCACCGACACUUACCUACUAUACGAACCCGUGGAUGUGGUCGAAAUGCAGCAGAAAAUACAUAACAGAAUUUCUUGAUACAGGGUAUGGUGAAUGCCUGCUUGAUGAGCCAGUAUCUAGACCAUAUUAUCUGCCUCAGCAACUUCCUGGACGCUUAUACAGUGUUAAUAGACAAUGUGAAUUAAUUUUUGGACCUGGAACACAGGUGUGCCCGUACAUGACGCAGUGCCGGAGGCUGUGGUGCACGAGUCCUGACGGGGUGCAGAGAGGAUGUCGCACUCACCACAUGCCCUGGGCGGACGGCACAGAGUGUUCCCCAGGAAAGCAUUGCAGACAUGGGCUGUGUAUUGCAAAGGAGCAUGAUGCCCCACCAGUUGAAGGAGCCUGGGGAGCGUGGAGUCCUUUUGGAACCUGUUCCCGAACCUGUGGGGGUGGCAUAAAGAUUGCAGUCAGAGAAUGCAACCGACCAGUGCCGAGAAAUGGUGGCAAAUACUGUGUGGGGCGCAGAAUGAAGUUCCGCUCCUGCAGCUCUGAGCCUUGUUCCAAGCAAAAGAAAGACUUCAGGGAAGAGCAGUGUGGUGCCUUUGACAGGAGGCAUUUCAACAUUAACGGUCUACCUCCAAAUGUGCGUUGGGUUCCAAAGUACAGUGGAAUUUUGAUGAAAGACCGCUGCAAGCUGUUUUGCAGAGUUGCUGGAAGUACAGCCUAUUAUCAACUCAGGGACAGAGUUAUAGAUGGCACCCCUUGUGGGCCAGACACUAAUGACAUCUGCGUCCAAGGUCUUUGUCGGCAAGCUGGCUGUGAUCACGUUCUGAAUUCAAAAGCAAGGAGAGAUAAGUGUGGCGUUUGCGGUGGUGAUAAUUCUUCAUGUAAAACAGUUGCAGGAACAUUCAAUACCGUCCAUUAUGGAUAUAAUGUUGUUGUACGAAUCCCAAGUGGUGCUACAAACAUAGACGUGCGACAGCACAGCUAUUCAGGGAAACCAGAAGAUGACAACUACCUUGCCAUUUCUAACAGUCGUGAAGAAUACCUGCUUAAUGGGGAGUUUGUUGUAAGCAUGUUUAAAAGGGAAAUUAAAGUGGGAAAUGCUGUAAUUGAAUAUACUGGCUCUGAUAACGCUGUAGAAAGAAUUAACUGCACUGGCCGCAUCGAGGAAGAGAUUGUUGUUCAGGUUUUAUCUGUGGGUAAUUUAUACAACCCUGAUGUGAGGUACACAUUUAAUAUUCCAAUUGAAGACAAACCACAGCAGUUUUUCUGGGAUUCUUACGGCCCCUGGCAGGAGUGUUCCAGGCUUUGCCAAGGUGAACGCAAGAGAAAGGUUCUCUGCAGCAGAGAGUCUGACCGGGUGGUCGUCUCUGAUCAGAGAUGUCACGGGUCUCCACUGCCCCCGCUGAUAACUGAGCCAUGCAAUAUGGAAUGUGACCUCAGGUGGCACAUUGCGAGGAAAAGUGAAUGCACAGCUCAGUGUGGGAUAGGCUAUCGCACACUAGAAAUUUACUGUGCAAAGCACAUCCGCACAGCAGUGAAAAUGGAGAAAGUGGAUGACCGAUACUGUGACAGUCAAGAAAAGCCUAAUAACAAAGAGGAGUGCCGCGGAGACUGUAACCCUGGAGGCUGGGAAUAUUCCCCUUGGACAGAAUGCUCCAAAAGCUGUGGAGGUGGCACGAGACGCCGAGCAGCAAAGUGCGGCAAAUCUACAGAGGCUGGUCACGACGAGAGCAGGUGCAGUCAGUGGGAGAAGCUCACUGUCCAGCCUUGCAAUGAAUUUCUGUGCCCACAGUGGAAAACUGGAGAGUGGUCAGAAUGCCUAGUGACAUGUGGUAAAGGAUACAAGCAUCGUCAGACAUGGUGUCAGUUUGGAGAAGACAGACUAGAUGACAGAUUUUGUGAUUCGUCGAAGCCAGAGUCAGUACAAGCAUGUCAACAGCAGGAGUGUGCUUCAUGGCAAGUUGGACCAUGGGGACAGUGCACCACCACAUGUGGUCCAGGUUAUCAAAUGAGGGCAGUUAAAUGCGUGGUUGGCUCUUAUGGUUCUGUGAUGGAUGACUCUGAAUGUAAUGCAGCUACCAGGCCCACUGAUUCUCAGGAUUGUGAAGUAACACCCUGUCCUGUUGUGCGUCCCGUUGUUCCAGAAACCAAAGUGCCUACUCAUGGUCACAGAACCCAGUGGCGGUUUGGAUCCUGGACUCAGUGCAGUGUGACAUGUGGGAAGGGUACCAGGAUGCGCUAUGUCAGCUGCAGGGACUACCAGGGUGGGGUAGCUGAGGAGUCGGCCUGUGCUCACCUGCCCAAACCCCCUGCCAGAGAGACCUGCUCCGUCGUGUCUUGUGGGCAAUGGAAAGUACUGGAAUGGACCUCGUGCUCUGUGACUUGUGGUCAAGGGAAGGCGACGAGACAAGUAGUUUGCGUGAACUUCAGUGAUCAGGUUGUGGACGUGAGUGAGUGUGAUCCAGACGACCGUCCAGCUGUGGAGCAGGACUGUGCCAUGCCCCAGUGUCCUACACGCUCCAGUGACCAAGGGAAAUUUCCCACCAAUCCAGACUCCCGCAUUAAGGCUUCAUCACCAGGGAAUUCUAUUCGCAAUGCUGGUCGAAUGCAUAUCCACGGAUCUCACCAGUGGAGAACAGGACCCUGGGGAGCAUGUUCAAGUACUUGCGCAGGAGGAUUCCAGCGCCGUGUUGUUGUCUGUCAGGAUGAGAAUGGGUACGCAGCUGUGAACUGUGAUGGUACAACGAAACCCAUAGAGCAGCGAUCAUGUGAAUCUGGCCCCUGUCCGCAGUGGGCUUAUGGUAACUGGGGAGAGUGUACCAAGACCUGUGGUGGGGGAAUAAAGACCAGGCUUGUGGUGUGUCAGCGGCCCAAUGGCGAACGUUUCAAUGACCUGAGCUGUGAGAUUCUGGACAAACCACCAGAUCGGGAGCAGUGCAAUACUCAAGCCUGUCCCUCCGACCCACACUGGAACACCAACCCUUGGAGUUUGUGCUCUGUGUCUUGUGGAAAAGGAUACAAAUUCCGCAGGGUUACUUGCAUAAGCAAGUCUGGGAAGCCCAUGCCAGAUGAGAGCUGUGAACACCUGGCCAAGCCAAGCAAGCAGAGGAGGUGCAGAGGGGGAAGAUGCCCAAAAUGGAAAGCAGGAAGCUGGGGACAGUGCUCGGUGUCCUGUGGGAGAGGCGUUCAGCAGCGAGACGUUUUCUGCCAGAAUGGGACCCAGAGGAGCUCACGGGAGUCGGAGUGCUCCCUUUCUGCCCAGCCACCGGCCACUCAGCCUUGCGAGGCCGGCGCCUGCCCCUCUGUGUACAGGUGGAGGGAGGGGGAGUGGGAAGACUGCAGUAAAAGCUGUGGCUCUGGAAGCAGACGACGACAAGUGUUCUGUGUAGAUCAGGCUGAAGAGGAGGCACACGACAUGCACUGCAGUUCACAAGCGAAGCCUCUGGACAUUAAAACCUGUAACACACACCCCUGCGAGUACAUCUGGAUUACUGGGGAGUGGUCUGAGUGUUCAGUGAGCUGUGGACAGGGGUACCAGAGAAGGCUGGUGUCGUGCAGUGAAGUCCACAGUGGAAAGGACCAUUACGAAUAUGGGUAUCAGUCUUCUAACUGUCCUGGAGCUCCACCAGCCAGCAUUCAGAUCUGCCAUUCUGUCAGCUGCCCUGUGGCUCAUGCCUGGAGAGUCGGAAACUGGGGACCUUGCUCAGCCACUUGUGGAGAAGGAGUGGCAGAGAGGACCGUUAGGUGUUUGACUGACGAUGGUCAAAUUAGUGAGUUGUGUCCACUUGACACAAAGCCAGAGGAGAGACAAACGUGCCACAGUCCCGCCUGCGAGUUACCUGGGAGCUGCAGUGAGGUGCAGAGGCUGAAUGGUUUAAUGGAAGAUGGGGAACAUUAUAUCAAUAUACAAGGAAAAGCACUAAAGAUUUACUGUGCAGGAAUGCAGACAGGCAGUCCAAUGGAGUACAUAACACUGGUAGCAGGCGAUGCAGAAAAUUUUUCUGAAGUCUUUGGCUUUAGGCUCAUGAAUCCAACGGAGUGUCCGUAUAAUGGCAGCAGACGAGAAGAUUGCCGUUGUCGGAGAGAUUACACUGCAGCCGGUCUCACUACGUUCCGCAAAGUGAGGUUGGAUCUCAACAAAAUGCAGAUUAUAACAACAGACUGGCAGUUUGCGUCUACAAAUGAGGGUCACCACGUUCCAUUCGCCACAGCGGGAGACUGCUACAGUGCGGCCAGGUGUCCACAGGGUCGAUUCAGUAUUAACCUGUCAGGAACAGGAUUUCAUGUGGCUGAAGACACCAAAUGGGUUUCCCAAGGCAACUAUCCUAUUGCUGACAUACAUAAAUCGCAGGAUGGCAGCAGAGUUACAGGAAAAUGUGGAGGGUAUUGUGGAAAAUGCACACCAUCUUCUGGAUCAGUCUUCCACAUUAAAGUGAUUUAAAUUCAGGAAAAUCCAAAGGUUAUCUACAAGAGGUGCUACACAAUGAAGACAUUUUGAAUUACCUCUAGUAUCUGUAAUGUGUAAAUAUGGAACAAAGGAAAUGGCACUGAUGACCAGCACACAGUCUUCACUUGUACGUGGAUAUGCAGCUGCAAACGUGAAAUAGUAGGAUAGAGGAGAGACACCCAGAAAUGACCUUCUAAACCUAAGUUUAUGGACCUCAGUGAGAAAACAGGAGAAAGACAGCUGGGGCCUCAUUUGCAAAGAUGUAGUAAACAUCUACAGAACGGGACGUUCAGGUGGGGAGCUGGAUCAGCAUGUGUUGACUGCAAAGGAGCAAGUAAAUGUUAAUUCCACACUGGAAAAUAGAAGAAACACAAUGUUUUAGCUAUUAAACUUUCUUCAAAUGACACCUGAGGGUACAGCAGCCAGAAACGUUUCUUCUUUCUACUUUUCAGCUUGGAACAAACCUUUACUUAUUCAUCUACAAAAGAAGCAUAUCAGCAGGACUCCGUUAGAUGUGCGCAUGAAAUAGAAGUUAGUAUUCACAAUGGGGUGUGCCCCUCACAUAGCUCCAUGCAAUGGAAAUCAUUAGCACAGCUAUAAGCGUCUCAGUCAUGUACCUUAAGCACAAAGCCAUAUGGGAAGCCAUUCCUUAACAGGAGGUACAAGAUGAUAAACACAAAGACAAUGAGCGCUCAUGUGUGAUGGCUCCUUACAUGGGCCCCACCACUCAGGAAGAUCAUAAAAUAUUAAAAAUAAUGUUAACAAGUUAUGUAUUUGCAGAACAAUUCCAGGUUAUCAAAGUUCUGAACUUUUUUCUUUCCCUUUACUCUUAUAAUAGUUAUUUUCUGCUAGUGGAAAUAUGAGAAGGGCAGCAGAGUAGCGGAUUAGUCAGUGUUUAAACACAGAGACCCUGAGUUCAAUUAAGGACAUGAGGUGCAAUUUGUUUGCAUGGGUUUUCUCUAGGUCCUCUGGUUUCCUCCCAUAAUCCAAAGAAAUACUGGAGGGUUAA